AUGGUGGUGGAACUGCUGCGUGAGGAGGAGAACAAGUAUUGCGCGGAUUGCGAGGCGAAGCAACCACGCUGGGCAUCCUGGAACCUGGGCGUUUUCCUCUGUAUCCGUUGUGCUGGCAUACAUCGCAAUCUCGGCGUGCAUCUCACCAAGGUACAGUGCUUUUUCUCUUUCUGUUUUCUCUUUCUCUCGCAUAUCCGUCUUGCAAAUUAG